AUGACUGGACUUGAAACUCACAUUACUGGACAUGAAACUCACAUGACUGGACAUGAAACUCGUAUGACUGGACAUGAAACUCGCAUGACUGGACAUGAAACCCGUAUGACUGGACAUAAAACUCACAUGACUGGACAUGAAACUCGCAUGACUGGACACGAAACUCGCAUGACUGGACAUGAAACUCACAUGACUGGACAUGAAACUCACAUGACUGGACAUGAAACUUGCAUGACUGGACAUGAAACUCGCAUGACUGGACAUGAAACUCGCAUGACUGGACAUGAAACUCGCAUGACUGGACAUGAAACUCGCAUGACUGGACAUGAAACUCACAUAACUGGACAUGAAACUCAAAUGACUGGACAUGAAACUCGCAUAACUGGACAUGAAACUCAAAUGAGUGGACAUGAAACUCGCAUGACUGGACAUGAAACUCGCCUGACUGGACAUGAAACUCGCAUGACUGGACAUGAAACUCACAUAAGUGGACAUGAAACUCGCAUGACUGGACAUGAAACUCAAAUGACUGGACAUGAAACUCACAUAACUGGACAUGAAACUCAAAUGACUGGACAUGAAACUCGCAUGACUGGACAUGAAACUCGCAUGACUGUACAUGAAACUCGCAUAACUGGACAUGAAACUCGCAUGACUGGACAUGAAACUCACAUGACUGGACAUGAAACUCACAUGACUGGACAUGAAACUCACAUGACUGGACAUGAAACUCACAUGACUGGACAUGAAACUCACAUGACUGGACAUGAAACUCACAUGAAUGGACAUGAAACUCACAUGACUGGACAUGAAACUCGUAUGACUGGACAUGAAACUCGCAUGACUGGACAUGAAACCCGUAUGACUGGACAUAAAACUCACAUGACUGGACAUGAAACUCGCAUGACUGGACAUGAAACUCGCAUGACUGGACAUGAAACUCACAUGACUGGACAUGAAACUCACAUGACUGGACAUGAAACUUGCAUGACUGGACAUGAAACUCGCAUGACUGGACAUGAAGCUCGUAUGACUGGAAAUGAAACUCGUAUGACUGGACAUGAAACUCACAUGACUGGAGAUGAAACUCACAUGAAUGGACAUAAAACUCACAUGACUGGACAUAAAACUCGCAUGACUGGACAUGAAACUCACAUGACUGGACAUGAAACUCGUAUGACUGGACAUGAAACUCGCAUGACUGGACAUGAAACUCACAUGACUAGACAUGAAACUCACAUGACUGGACAUAAAACUCACAUGACUGGACAUGAAACUCGCAUGACUGGACAUGAAGCUCGUAUGACUGGAAAUGAAAAAUUGACUCCCAUAUGA